CCAAUGCGGGAGCGGACGGGGGCUGUGGGGCUCAGCGAGACCAUGUCCUGGCUGGCCAGCUACCUGGAGAAUGUGGACCAUUUCCCCAGCUCAGCCCCUCCCAGCGAACUGCCCUUAGAGCGGGGUCGCCUGGCUAUCCCUCCAGCACCUUCCUGCGCCGAGUUUCUCUCUGCGUCUGCCAGUGGCAAGAUGGAGAGUGAUUUUGCCCUGCUGACGCUAUCGGAUCAUGAGCAGCGGGAACUGUAUGAGGCAGCCCGGGUCAUCCAGACAGCCUUCCGAAAGUACAAGGGCCGGCGGCUGAAGGAGCAGCAGGAGGUAGCAGCAGCUGUGAUCCAGCGCUGUUACCGGAAGUACAAGCAGUUUGCACUCUAUAAGAAGAUGACCCAGGCAGCCAUCCUGAUCCAGAGCAAGUUCCGAAGCUACUACGAACAGAAGCGAUUUCAGCAGAGCCGCAGAGCAGCAGUACUCAUCCAGCAGCACUACCGCUCCUACCGCCGCCGGCCUGGGCCUCCCCACCGGCCCACAGGCAGCCUGCCUGCCCGAAACAAAGGCUCCUUUCUCACCAAAAAGCAAGACCAGGCAGCCCGGAAGAUAAUGAGAUUCCUGCGGCGCUGCCGACACAGGAUGAGGGAACUGAAGCAGAACCAGGAGCUGGAAGGGCUUCCCCAACCGGGCCUGGCCACCUGACCUUUCCACCGCCUUUCUCAUCGCCCUGGGGGCCGCUUCUCACAGUCUUAACAGGAAGAGGGCUCUCUGGGGGAGGGGGAGCCCCCUGUCGGCAGCUUUCCCGUCACUUCUUUUGGAGCCCGUCCUCGGUCUCCAAAUAAGC